GUUAACAAACUUUGGUCCUUAAAUAUGAAAGUUGAUAUGUCUCUUUGUGACGCUUGAAAAACCAAAGCCUUCUUUGCUUUUUAAAAUUUUUGCUGUCAUAUUUUAACGAAUUUUUCAAACAAUGCACCAUAUCAGGUUUUUCAUAACAAAGUCUUUAUGUUGUUGUAGGAAAAAGAGAUCAGAAACCAAGAGGUCAUUUGCCGAUAACAGGACGUACGAGCUCAGACAGCACGACAUAAUCGAACCAACCAGCAGAAGAUCCCUUAUGUCUGACAGACAAAACAAUGAUAAUGAAAACGGUUAUGACAAAGUUUACAGCAAGGUAAACUCUCGUACACGAAAAAGAGAUACAACUCCAAGGCCGGAUAAUGCUACAAAUAGUCGGGUGGUGAAAAACGACGAUGGUAGUUAUGACAACUUCCAAAGCAUGGCUCGCGAUGACAAAAAUGGGGAUAUGUACACUGAAAAGAUCGUGGAUGAUGUUUAUAAUGAAUUAAACCAUCCAAAUAGAAGACAAAAUAGAACACUGUCGAGCAAUGACGAAUACGGUCUAGUGAAUGCUGCCGCGUCAUCAGAUACAUAUGACGUCAUGAACAGUAGAAAGAACUCCAUGUAUGGAGAGUAUAUGUACGGAAGCCCUCGAGAGUUAUCAGACGAAUACGAUGUUUUCCAAAGGAAACGUGAUACGAAUGUUAUAAGUGAUACUAUGUAUGAUACACAUACCUCUAUCGCAGCUGCGACAGACGAUAAAAGUAAAUAUCUUCCAGACUGACAAAAGGAUAUAUGCAAAAUGGUUUCGCAUAUUGGACAAAAUGUUCAUAUGCAUUUUUAAUCUGAAGUUACUAAUAUUCCAAUUGAAUUGAAUAUAAAUUGCAUGAAAAUCAGUAUUCCAUUUUUGAAACGUGUACGUGUUUUGAGAGACAGA